UCCCCUGCUAAAGCUGUGUACAACGCUCGCCACUGGAACCAGCCUGAGCCUGAGGAGAUUCCCCCGCCACUCCUUGCCCGCGCACACACUGCUCCGGUGAGAACUACUCUAGGACACUGCCAGGGCUCUGCCUUACACUGGUCAUACACACAUACAUACGCACAAAUGCCUGCACACACACCAUGUAUUGAAUUUGCGAUCUCUAGUAAGAAGAUAACAAUGCGUUGUCCUAGAAUAAUGCAUUGACCCAAUAGCAGCCUCACCUACUUGAGAUUUCAGAGUAGGGAAAUCUAAAUCAAUAUUAGCUGUAUUCUGCUUAGUCAAGACUUUGAAAAUGUCCCAAUAGGAGACAAUUUAGAUUGUCCAAGGGCACCUGGAACUAGUUGUUUGUCUCAUCUAACUUUGCUUUUUGAUUUAUUCCCCUCCAGGCCAGCAUAUCGAGCGGAAGCAGCAAGGACACCAACUCCCACAAAGACGACGGUCUGUUCAAAGCUCCUCCCCCACCACCCAAAGUCAUCAAGUCUGUGACCAUCCCCACUCAGCCUUACCAGGACAUCGUCACAGCUCUCAAAUGCAGGAAGGAACACAAGGAGGUGAGCCGGGCAUGCUGGCUGAUGCGUCACGCCCUCAAGACAGUCGGCAUGAUCUUUGCACUGUUAACAUCCCCCGACCGCUUAUCUGCCAUUUUUACAAUUUGUGUUUGCGUGUUUAGACUGUUGAUGUCCAUUUAGAGCGCAGUGUAAAGCUUGUCUUUGUUAAUUUUAAAACAUAGUAUGGGCAGGUGGGUGCCUGAGGAGCAUGGUGUUUCAUUAAGGCCUAGCCACAGCUAGCAGAUUUGCCGCCUUCCUCUUGACCAGACAGUUGGCUGCACAUUCCCCCUUACCAAGAGGGACUGAACCGAAUCUAUCUCGUUGGGCAGUGUCUUCGCCUUAGAUAACCUCUGGUGCGCGCGCACACACACAUAGUUAUUGAUAAGGGGGUAUUAUCCCAGUCAGCUAAUGGAACUAAUCGAGUGGCACCGCUUUGCAAGAUGUGACUUUUCUUUCUUUCUCUGGACAGACACACAUGCACACAGAGACACUUGCAUUAGAUAACAAUUUUAAAUAUUACGGUUAUUUUGCUCAAUGUUCAGUGCCAUUUGCUAGUGUAAAUGUCACUCAUCGUCUCAUCUCUCCCCCUUGCAGCUGUACACGGUUGUGCAUAAUGUGAAGCACUUCAACGAUGUGGUAGAGUUUGGUGAAAACCAGGAGUUCACUGAUGACUUUGAGUACCUGGAGACAGGCCUAAAGAGCAGCCAGCCGCUCAACACACGAUGCCUUAGGUAAGACAACCCCACGCAACAUUGUCCACCAUGGGGAAAAGAGCUCGCCUAAUUUAACAUACGUUUCCUGCUAUAUAUAUGCUCAAGCCAAGAGGACAACAUGGACCGAUUUUAGAGUCUUUCAUUAUUUUUUACUCGUCCACUCAAUCCUCUGUGCUCUUCUCCUCUGAACUUCUUCAAACACUCUCCCCCUCUUGCUCUCUCUCUCUCAAGUAUAAUCAGUUUAGCCGCAAGGUGUGCAAUGCCCAGUUUCCGGAUGCACCUACGGGCCAGAGGGAAGGUGGCUCAGGUCUUCAAGAUGUUGAAUGAUGCCCCGCAGCAUCCGGUAGGACUCUGUUCAAGUCUACAACCACAACUGACCCAAACUAACAACGGUAACUGACCCAAACUAACAACGGUAACUGACCCAAACUAACAACGGUAACUGACCCAAACUAACAACGGUAACUGACCCAAACUAACAACGGUAACUGACCCAAACUAACAACGGUAACUGACCCAAACUAACAACGAUAACUGACCCAAACUAACAACGGUAACUGACCCAAACUAACAACGGUAACUGACCCAAACUAACAACGAUAACAAAACCAGUGGGUUUCAAUAAACCUACCUCAGCUUAUUUGUGUCGAUUACCUGCUAUUUGUCCUGUAGAUACUUCACAUUUUGCUAUUGAACCUGAAUUUGAGUAAACAAGGACAAUAUUUAAGGUCUUCCCCUGCCACCAGAUGCUUUUGAAUUUAUUUUUGCCCCUCCCCGCUCUCCCUUCACUCAUCUCCAGAACCUGGCCCUGUGUACGGCCUCUCUGAUGUACAUCCUAAGCAGAGACAGGUUGAACAUGGACCUGGACCGGGCCAGUCUGGAGCUGAUGAUCAGACUGUUGGAGCUGGAGCACGACCACUCAGGCCACCACCAGGACCAGCUCACUGCCAAGGAGAUGACCAAGGUCAAGGAGAAGAUCCGCAAGCUGUGUGAGACGGUCCACAACAAGCACCUGGACCUGGAGAACAUCACGGUACGCCGGGACAAUUAGAAUACUGAUGUUUAUAUUGAUGAUGGUGGGUUGGAGUUCUAUAGCACUUUAUCUUGUUUGUUUUGCAGUCGUGUCACUUGGCCAUGGAGACCCUGUUGUCUCUGACCUCGAAGAGGGCCGGUGACUGGUUCAAAGAGGAGCUGCGCUUACUGGGAGGCCUGGACCACAUUGUAGAUAAAGGUUGGUGUGUGUGCGCAUGUUGUAAAGGUUUUGUCUUAAGGUUAUUCUUUUGUUAGGGGUGCCAGGGUAGGUUGUGCCUACCAGAGAAAUGUUUGAUUUCUCCUUUUUAGUUUGUGAGUUGGUCUCAUCAAGCAGUCAAGUCUACACCAAUACAAAGGACUGGUGUAUUGGGAAAUACACUUUUCAUAAACCCUUAAACAUUGAAAUAAAUAACUGCAAAAAUUUGAAUAUUUUGAGUUUGUUGUAUUAUUUAACAUAAAUUAUCACUCAAAUAAUAAAGGUCACAACACAUUCAUAAUAUGUUCACUUAGGAAAGUCCUGUGUAAGUUGCAUCUUAUCUAGGUCAUCUCACUUUGUUAGCACGUAGUAAUUGGCAUAUAUGUGAAUUAUUGUGUCUCCUGCAGUAAAAGAAUGUGUCCAGAACCUGAGCCAAGAGGAUGACAAGGAGAAGCUGGUGUCGUCGCUAUGGGGGGCAGAGAGGUGUCUAAGAGUACUGGACAGCGUAAGUACAACAUCAAGGAGUGUUGGCAGGCUCAGAUGUUUGAAAUCCAUUCAUUGAAUACAAGAGGGGAAAGUAAAUUGACUCUGCGCUUUCAGCCUCAUCUGACCAGCUUUGAUUUGACUAUUUAAAAGGCAUUUCAAUAUCAGUGUAGUGUGUCUUUCUGUCCUUCCAUUGCAGGUGACUGUCCAAAACCCAGAGAACCAGGGCUACCUGAUCGCCUACAAGGACUCUCAGCUCAUAGUGUCCUCUGCCAGGUGAGAGAGACUGAAACGCAUGCUAAUCUUUUGACAACCUCUUUAGAUGGUGAAAGAGCCCUGAUCUUUCACUCCACCUCUACUCCCUCUGCCCAGUCCCCACCUCUAGUAUACUAGUAUAGAGUCAUGUCCUGCAAAGGGCUCAGGGAUAAAUCUCUGUGCUGUCACUUCUCCUGGAACUCAACGAGGCUCGCUCGCUCCGUCUCUCUCUUUCGCUCGUUCCGUCUCGCUCGCUCCGUCUCUCUCUUGUUCGCUCGCCAUCUCUCUCGCUCGCCAUAUCUCGCUCUCUUGCUUCAUCUCGCUCUCUUGCUUCAUCUCUCGCUCUCAGAGGUUUGCGGUACUGUGAGGACAUGAUUCAGCGCUACAGCCGGGAGGUGAACAGCUCUCUGUGUUGGUCAGGCAUGGCGCUGCCCCACUGCAGCUUCAGCAACGUGGGCAAGGCUGUCGAGGACUGCAUGAGGGCCGUCAUAGGGGUGUUGCUCAACCUCACCCAUGACAAUGGUAAUAUCCCUGCAUCAACACGACUUCUACAUUGAGCAACAUUGUAACUAGCGCAAUGCGUUCCCUAGCUAGUGCCUUGUUUCGCUGCUCUUCCUUGUCUCUUUGACUGCAUCACAGCUGUGCUAGAGUCCUCAUAACACACACCACAGCUGACUGCAGGGUGGAGGGAGAGUGUUAACUCUGGACUGUACUGUGGUUUUUAGAGUGGGGAAGUACUAAGACUGGAGAGCAAGACCAGCUCAUCAUCACAGCUCUCAACUGUGUCCUACGGGUCCCACGCUACAUACCUCAGGAACAACGCUUUGACAUCAGAGUCCUGGUGAGAGCACCUGUGUGUGUGUUGUAGGCAUGCAUGUAAAUUACACAAAUCCAAUUAACUGUAUGAUCUUUGAAACAUUUGGGUCCUUUGUACCCACUUCGUUUGAAAUGCCACUUAAUGAAUGCCUAGGUAAUUAUUAAAACUGAAGCUUCAAUGUAGUAAUUGCAGGUUGUUUGUACUCACACUUCAUUAAGAUCCAUGAUAAAACAUUUCAUGUCCUUGAGAGCCUUUCUAACAUCUCUCCUCUCUCCUCCUGUGUGUGUGCUGGUACAGGGCUUGGGGCUGCUGAUUAACCUGGUGGAGUACAGUGCCAGAAACCGCCACUGUCUGGUGGACAUGGAGUUCAACACAACCAGCCCUGAAGGCAGCCAGGGAGAGGCAGGGGGAUUAGAGACCCAGACCCCUGAAGGCAGCCAGGGAGAGGCAGGGGGAGAAGAGACCCAGACCCCUGAAGGCAGCCAGGGUGGGGCAGGGGGAUUAGAGACCCAGACCCCUGAAGGCAGCCAGGGUGGGGCAGGGGGAUUAGAGACCCAGACCCCUGAAGGCAGCCAGGGAGAGGCAGGGGGAGAAGAGACCCAGACCCCUGAAGGCAGCCAGGGAGAGGGAGGGGGAGAAGAGACCCAGACCCCUGAAGGCAGCCAGGGUGGGGCAGGGGGAGAAGAGACCCAGACCCCUGAAGGCAGCCAGGGAGAGGCAGGCGGAUUAGAGACCCAGACCCCUGAAGGCAGCCAAGGAGAGGCAGGGGGAUUAGAGACCCAGACCCCUGAAGGCAGCCAGGGAGAGGGAGGGGGAGAAGAGACCCAGACCCCUGAAGGCAGCCAGGGAGAGGCAGGCGGAUUAGAGACCCAGACCCCUGAAGGCAGCCAGGGUGGGGCAGGGGGAGAAGAGACCCAGACCCCUAAACAAGUCCUAGCCUCCACAGUUCCAGCUAUAGCAGCCCCUACAGAGGGUAUGGCUGAGGAGAAGACCAAGGGCUCCUCUUCAAGUGCCCUGGCUGCUCUGGUGCAGGUAAUAGUUCUGUUGUAGCUAUAUCACCACUUCAGAAUAAUUUUGAUGGGAAUUUGUAGUAAGAAUAUAGGAAAACACAGGUUAUUGAGUUACUCUUGUUAAUCUGUCUGCGUCUUCCACAAGUACAUAGUGUGGCCCCCGGCUGUUUUUUUUGUUGUUUUUUUUGCCGAAGAAGCUCUAUUGUGUUGGUCUCUGGUACAGUCUAAUGUCUUGAUUCCAUCUGAAAUACACAGCGAAAUAAUCUACUUUACCUCCCAGAUUGGAACAUUUUGUCGAAAGGCAUUACUUUUCACAAUUUAAAUGACUGGAAAUGUAUGAAUUCAGUGUGUGGUUAGUUAUUUUGUAUAUCGUCUAGGCCUGUAUGAUCAGGACUAUUUAGUAAGGUAAGAUAACAUUAUACCUUUUUUUUUUUUUACAUUUAACCCGUCUUCUCUUGAUUAGUCUUAUUCACAGUUUUACUGCAAGAUAUGAAUUGCCACAAUGUUCUUCAAAUAGUUUUUUAUUUAAACAGAAAAAUAGAUUAAUAGCCCACAUUGUCUUGAAAAAUAAAUAAAUGGCUAAAUAUAUAUUUUUAAAGGGUUAUCAGUUUUAAGUGUUAAAUCGUUCUGAUUUUACAUAGCCUAAAUUCAUUUUUUUUUUUUUUUGCCUGAUCCCGUUUUUGUUCUUUCUCAAAUUCAGUUUUCUCAGUUUUGUUUUUCCAGUUUCCCGUUUUUCUAGAUUUUGUCAGGUUUUUGCUCUCAAAUCACUUUUAAUAGAAAAACAACAAAAUGUGAUGUUAUAAGUCCACAACAAUGCUUAAGCCACAUCAUGAGACUACUUUUGAGGUCUGGGAAAAAUCUGAGAUGUAGAUUUUUGGGUGUGGUGGUUAACCUUUUAUUCAAGUGGCUCCUAGCAAGAGGCUGUUGUUUAUCUGUAUUUUUGUAGCGCACGUGAUAGUUUGCAAAACAAAUACCCACUGGAUUGAUGAAAAUAAUCAUAUCAUUCUGCCAGAUAAGCAUAGGCUACUUUGUAGUUAACAUUUAAUUGAGAAAGUUUUUGAAAUGAAAAAACCUGAAUGUGCCAGAACCAUAAUUAGGCUGUCGUGGAUUUCAAGUAAUUGUUACCCCUGACGUGCAGAUUCACGUGCAUUAUGCUCUCUUCCUCCGUGUAAAGUUUUUGACUGCAACCAACCACAAGCGCACAUUUACAUUUUAGUCAUUUAGCAGACGCUCUUAUCCAGAGAGACUUGCAGUUUUAGUGAGUGCAUACAUUUUUCAUACUGGCCCCCCGUGUGAAUCGAAACCCACAACCCUGGUGUUGCAAGUGCCAUGCUCUACCAACUGAGCUAGAGGAGGCACACAUUGCACAUGGAGGCAGACUGCGUUUCCCUGUCAUCGCUUGCUUUGUGACUGACAGGAGCCUAUCCUAUCAAUAGAUUGCUAGAAAGAUGCAUAUUGUUCAUCCUAGUUAAUAUGAAGUAGAAAAAGUAGCCUGCUGAAAAUGAGUCUGUAACCUGAUGAUUAGCUGACGGCCGGAGUUUGACACUCUUUUCCUCCAUCCGCAGUUCUUCCUGGAGCGGGAGCGAGCAGCCAUAUUGGCCGAGGCGCAGACUGAUGACCUCAUCAGCGAGGCGCCCAAGCCCCAGGACCAGAGCGGGGAGUGGCAGGAGACGUCGGGCGAGAUCCAGUGGGUUGCUGCGGAAACCAACAACGACGAGAAUGACAAGGAAAAGGACACAAAGAAAGAGGAGGAAGAUGAGGAGCUAGAUCUCAACAAAGGUGAAGAUGUGUGUCUGUGUAAAAUCCUUUUUUGUAACAGUUUCCAAUAGUAUCACUGCUCCAUGUUGAGUGUUCUCUCUCUCCUCUCUGUGGUGGUAUAGCUCUGCAGCAUGCUGGGAAGCACAUGGAGGACAGCAUCGUGGCUUCCUACACAGCUCUGCUCCUGGGUUGUCUGUGUCAGGGCAGUCAGGUAAGCUUCCAGAAAACUAGCGACAACUCUGUUCCUCAACCCUCGCACUGGGGGUGCAGGCUUUUGUUCCGUCCCAUUACUAACACCUGUUUCAACUAAUCAAUAAAGGGCUUGAUUGAUGAGUGUGCAGUAUUGAAGUGGAAAUUACAAACUUCUGAAGCCUUUUUAAACCUCAAAUACACUACACGUUUUAAAUGUCCUGCAUUGCAGGAAAGUUCUCCUGCAACAGGGUGAUCAAAUGUAGAUCCUACGUCUGUAUAGGCUACUGCAAACCAGUGCCAUUAUUCUGUCUUGGUAGAUCUCUUAGGGUGGCAUUUUCCUUAACACUAUUAGCAAAAACCUCUAUCUGUGCAGUGCUGGUAUUUUCCCCUUGCAAAAUAUCAGGAAGUAAAGUUGAAUCUUGCCAAAGGCUAUGGCAAUAUUAUAAUAUACACACACACUACCAGUCAAAAGUUUGGACACACCUACUCAUUCAAGGGUUUUUCUUAAUUUUUACUAUUUUUUACAUUGUAGAAUAAUAGUGAAGACAUCAAAACGAUCAAAUAAGGCCAAAUUACAGAUGAAGCCAAGAGUGUGCAAAGCUGUCAUCAAGGCCAAGGGUGGCUACUUUGAAGAAUCUGAUUUGUUUGACACUUUUUUUGGUUACUACAUGAUUCCAUAUGUUAUUCUGUAGUUUUGAUGUCUUCACUAUUAUUCUACAAUGUAGAAAAUAGUAAAAAAUUAAGAAAAACCCUAGAAUGAGUAGGUGUCCAAACGUUUGACUGGUACUGUGUGUGUGUAUGCAUGUAUACAUAUACAGUGGGGAGAACAAGUAUUUGAUACACUGCCUAUUUUGCAGGUUUUCCUACUUACAAAGCAUGUAGAGGUCUGUAAUUUUUAUCAUAGGUACACUUCAACUGUGAGAGACGGAAUCUAAAACAAAAAUCCAGAAAAUCUGGAUGAUAUGAUUUUUAAGUAAUUAAUUUGCAUUUUAUUGCAUGACAUAAGUAUUUGAUCACCUACCAACCAGUAAGAAUUCCGGCUCUCACAGACCUGUUAGUUUUUCUUUAAGAAGCCCUCCUGUUCUCCACUCAUUACCUGUAUUAACUGCACCUGUUUGAACUCGUUACCUGUAUAAAAGACACCUGUCCACACACUCAAUCAAACAGACUCCAACCUCUCCACAAUGGCCAAGACCAGAGAGCUGUGUAAGGACAUCAGGGAUAAAAUUGUAGACCUGCACAAGGCUGGGAUGGGCUACAGGACAAUAGGCAAGCAGCUUGGUGAGAAGGCAACAACUGUUGGCGCAAUUAUUAGAAAAUGGAAGAAGUUCAAGAUGACGGUCAAUCAGCCUCGGUCUGGGGCUCCAUGCAAGAUCUCACCUUGUGGGGCAUCAAUGAUCAUGAGGAAGGUGAUGGAUCAGCCCAGAACUACACGGCAGGACCUGGUCAAUGACCUGAAGAGAGCUGGGACCACAGUCUCAAAGAAAACCAUUAGUAACACACUACGCCAUCAUGGAUGGAUUAAAAUCCUGCAGCGCACGCAAGGUCCCCCUGCUCAAGCCAGCGCAUGUCCAGGCCCGUCUGAAGUUUGCCAAUGACCAUCUGGAUGAUCCAGAGGAGGAAUGGGAGAAGGUCAUGUGGUCUGAUGAGACACAAAUAUAGCUUUUUGGUCUAAACUCCACUCGCCGUGUUUGGAGGAAGAGAACACCAUCCCAACCCUGAAGCAUGGAGGUGGAAACAUCAUUCUUUGGGGAUGCUUUUUUGCAAAGGGGACAGGACGACUGCACCGUAUUGAGGGGAGGAUGGAUGGGGCCAUGUAUCGCGAGAUCUUGGCCAACAACCUCCUUCCCUCAGUAAGAGCAUUGAAGAUGGGUCGUGGCUGGGUCUUCCAGCAUGACAACGACCCGAAACACACAGCCAGGGCAACUAAGGAGUGGCUCCGUAAGAAGCAUCUCAAGGUCCUGGAGCGGCCUAGCCAGUCUCCAGACCUGAACCCAAUAGAAAAUCUUUGGAGGGAGCUGAAAGUCCGUAUUGCCCAGCGACAGCCCCGAAACCUGAAGGAUCUGGAAAAGGUCUGUAUGGAGGAGUGGACCAAAAUCCCUGCUGCAGUGUGUGCAAACCUGGUCAAGACCUACAGGAAACGUAUGAUCUCUGUAAUUGCAAACAAAGGUUUCUGUACCAAAUAUUAAGUUCUGCUUUUCUGAUGUAUCAAAUACUUAUGUCAUGCAAUAAAAUGCUAAUUAAUUACUUAAAAAUCAUACAAUGUGAUUUUCUGGAUUUUUGUUUUAGAUUCCGUCUCUCACAGUUGAAGUGUACCUAUGAUAAAAAUUACAGACCUACAUGCUUUGUAAGUAGGAAAACCUGCAAAAUCGUCAGUGUAUCAAAUACUUGUUCUCCCCACUGUAUAUGUGUGUGUAAAGUUAUUAACAAGUAAGUGAAAAGUAAAGGCAACUGCAGUGCUGUACUUUUUUCAUUGUGAAUAAAAGAGAACCCGACCGUGGUCUAGCGGUCUAAGCCACUGCCUCCAGAACUCCUAUACCGCUGCAGCAUGCGUUCGAAUCGGGACCACUUAUUCAGCAACUCUCUCUCGUUCCCCUUUACCCCUGUCCUAGCUAAUAAACAAAUAACAAUAUGAGAGGAAACAGAGAAAUGAUGACCUGAUCACUGAUUCAAGUUCAGUUGCUUAAUUGAUUUGCAUAAUGCUGCAUCAGAAUUCAUUGAGAGCUUGAGUCUGUCAAAGUAGGCUAUUAAACUGAACAUGACACAAUACAAUUGCAGAAUACAUAAAAGCACAAAGGCUAUUUUAGAUAAAUAUCAAGAAUAGGUAACAUAAAAGCCUAGUUCGAAGCUUAAGAGUAUCGUUGUAGCCCGUCGAUUUAAAUGGAAAUACGUGUUAAAGCUAGUAGCCUUCUCCUGUAAAAAAAAACCUCAUGACAGUCAUUUUCUGCUCCACCUACAUCGGUGCAGAGUUGACCAAGAUCUGUGCAGACGCACAGAAAGGUGAGCUGAAAAUACCUUGUCAUUGCUCAGGUUUUUUAGCUGGUUGCGAAAGGAAAACGCUGCCCUUAGUAAUGUGUAUUUGCUUCAUUCUCUCUCAUCAGGUUAAUGUGACUACUGUGCGGGAAAACCUUCCCAAGGGAGAUUUCUCCAUCAUGACGGAAAUGCUUAAGAAGUUCCUGAAUUUCAUGAACCUUACUGUAAGUAGGCAACGUCUUUUGAUAAUGACCUAGCAUCUCUUUUUCUCCCUUUACUUAAAAAAUACUAGAGACACGAACACAAUAAAAGCUAACUUGCUUUCUCCCCGGUCUCUUUUUCAACAGUGUGCAUUUGGCACCACAGGACAUAAGUCCAUCUCUCGUGUCAUAGACUACCUGGACCACUGUUAGUGAACCCCUCUUUGCACUCUGACUGCACAUAAGGGGACAUCUUUCCAGAUAUGGCAACCCCAUGAGGGUCCUUCCAGAUCUGGGAACCUUAGCAGGGUCAUGUCAGAUCUGCCAUCCCCAGCAGGACGGGCUGUACAGAAAAUCCACCAGAGAUAAUCGGUGUUCCAACAGUGUCGACCAGCAUUGCUUAAACAUGCAUCCUCAUUCUGAAGAACAAGACACACACACACACACAUACAAUGGCCUGUGAUGGUUGUAGAAAAGGGAAGGUCAAUGUUGAAAGCCCUCUCUAAAUUUUAGCUCUGAUGUCCAUUAUUUGCAUAAGCUCGUGAUCAAGUUGAGAUCUUCUGGAUUUUUUCUUCAGUGCAUCAUGCUUGUUUAAGUUCUUCUCACAAGGUCAUGUAAUGUAACAUAAUUCUAAAAUAAGAAAUCAGUAGGUCUGGAUGACUGUUCAUUUAUUUAAAGUUUUGUUUUUAAAUAAUGGCACUUUAAUGCUUUUUUGAAUUGUUUUACCCAUUGCCCUUUCCAAUUUGACUUCACAGUAAAGAAAGAGUUUUGUGUUUUGUUUUAAAUUUGCAAUUCGGUCGUUUUUAAUGAUUGUGGGUAUGUAUUUAUUUUAACAUUUUAUCCAGAUCUGAUGCUGUGUGAGAUGCUUCAAGUCUCUACAUUUCUUUACCUUUUAGAUGUUCCACUUAACACAUCACUUAAUAACUGCUGUAUGUACGGUUUUCAUUAGACUCACAGAAACCCUGGUAAACCGGACUGACAUUAAUAAUAACCAAACCUCAGCCAACUGGCAUAAUCCUCAUGGAAAGUUAUUGUUCCUUGCCUAUAACAUUGUUCUGUGGGCAUCAGUGGUGGCUAGUGCCACUUUAAAUGAGGACGUGCUCAUAGUAAUGGCUGGAACGGCAACAUGUUUGAUUCCAUUCACUUCAUCCAUUACUAUGAGCCGUUCUCCCCUCACCAGCCUCCUCUGGU